ACUUUUAUUUUGUUAGGCCCCACCGGAAGCUUCUCAGCUUUUAAUUCAUGUUACUUUGAAAGUAAUUUCAGAAGUGUUUAUAUAUUUAUAUUAAGAUUUUUUUUAAAUUAAGAAUGACUAAAUCUGGCAUAUUUUUAUUUCCCUAAACAUAAUUGUUUUUAAAUGUAUUUUUGUUUUAUUUGUGUAUUUUAAAUUCCGGUUACUCGUGACAUGGGCUUUUAUUCUGUGGAGAAACCGGAAGUUGGGCGUGUCACUGCGCAGUGCUUUACUCGGCGGCGCAAAGAGGGGGCGUGUCGUUAGCCGUUAGCCUCCCGUUGCUAACUCGGAGCUUUAAGUUUCACUUUCUGCUGAUCGGGAAAACCCGCGGUUCGAAACGCCGCUUCCUCGGAAACGAAACCGCCGGCGGUGGGAGUCGCGCCUGACCGCGGCCUCCCCUCUAAUGCCCGCUCUGGAGCUCACGCAGCGGCGACAUCCAGAGCUUUGAGUCCGCGGCGCGUGAAAGUUUGGUCCCGCCGGCGCAGGCGGCGUCGUUCCGCCGUUAGCUUUAGCGGCUAGCCCCGCUAGCAUGGAGAGCGGCGGAAACAUGCAGAGCAGCGAGGAGAGGAGCGUGGAGAAAGCCAUGGAUGCUUACCUGAAGUCCAUCGGUCUACACCGGAAAAAGAUCGCCAAAGACGGCUCGUGCUUGUUCCGCGCGGUGGCGGAGCAGGUGCUGCACUGUCAGAGCCUUCACCAUGAAGUUCGAGCUAAAUGUGUGGACUUCCUGAUGCAGAACAGAGACAGCUACGAGGCGUUCAUUGAAGGCGACUUCGAGGAGUACCUGUCCAAGCUGCGGGACCCCCAGCAGUGGGUGGGGGAGGUGGAGAUCAACGCGCUGGCCGUCAUGUACAAGAGGGACUUCCUGAUCUUCCAGGAACCGGGAAAACCGGCCGUCCACAUCACAGACAACGACUUCAAGGACAAGGUCCGGUUGUGUUUCCUGAACGGAAAUCACUACGACUCUGUUUAUCCCGUCAGUCACAUCCGGAGCACCGCCCUCUGCCAGUCCAUCCUGUACGAGCUGCUGUACGAAGGUGUGUUCAAGGUGGACCGCAGCGCUCUGAACAUCUGCCAGCGCGUCAGCCGACCGUCCGACUUUCUGAGUGACGACGGCAUGGCGGUCUGCAGCAGCGACGAGUCCGACCUGGAGACCAACGACCCGCUGUGGGUUGAAGACCAGACGAGCCAGACGUCCUGGAAACAGAGCAACCAGAGCUACAGGGGUCGUGGUCGCGGUCGACAGUUGCCGGAGAGAGUCAAACGGUCCCUGAACCCGACGUUGCUCCGGAACGUGGAGUACGACGUCUGGAACAGAAGCAAACGAGCUCAGCAGAAGCUGGAUUACUCCAUCGCCGCCGGGAUGCAGUUCACGGUGGGAGAUCACUGUCAGGUUCGUCUGGAGAACGGUGGGCGGAGCUACAGCGCCACGGUGAAAGAGGUUCCUCAUGACAACAGCAUGGUGACGGUGGUCAUCGAGGAGCUGGGCAGGAAGCCGUUCACCGUUCCUGUGUGGAGUCUCCGCCCCCCUAGCAAGGAGGGCAGCUGGAGCACCGUCUGCCACCGCGACAAGAGGCUGAGCAACGGGCACGGAGAGCCGGACGACAGGGGCAGAGGCAGGGGGAGGGGCAAGUCGACGCCGACGGCCGCUGGUUCUCCAGCAUCGGCGCCAGGCUCCGGUGGGCGUGUGCAGAAGCAGCACUCGUGGCCCAUGCAGACCUUGGGGGAGGAGCCUAAACCCACCAGGAAGUCGGUGAGUGCUGCUGAGGCGGCGUUUGGUGUGACUGAGGAGGAGCGUCUGGCCAAAGAGGAGGAGGAGAGGAACGUGGCGCUGGUGGAGAUCCAGCUCCGGGACGAGAACAGUUUCCCUGCACUCGGAAGUCAAACUGCGUCUUCGUCUGAAGGAGGGAGGAGGAAGGGAGCUCCCCGGCGUGGUCCCCCUGCAGCAGCUGUCGCAGGUCUACCAGGACCCCCUGUACCCCGGAUUCCCCCAGGGGGAAAAGGGGGAGGUGGUGCAGGUCCCACCGUACUCCCUCAACAAGUCGGGAGAAGAUCUGCCGAAAGACGUCAACAUCUUGAGGUUUUUCUUCAACUUAGGCGUGAAGGCUUACUCCAUGUCCAUGUACC